CAUGUGUGUAUGCUUUCAAUUUGAAUUUGAGGUUAACUGCAUUCGAGAUUUUGUCAUGUGUCAAGAAGAAUGUGUAUAUAUCAAUGAUUCAAGUGUAUAGUAAACUCAGUGUAUUAAUUAAGUGCUUUUAAGAGUAUUUAUAAAAUGACGAGAAAGUGUUGUGUAAAAAGUUGCAACAGGAAAAAUGAUAAAGACAACACUGAAAAUCGACGACAGUUAUUCAAAGUUCCAAGUAACGAAAAUGUAAAAGUAAAAUGGUUGAACAGCAUUGGGGAUAACCUAAUAGUAGGCAAUAUUAAUAGAAAAAAUUUAUUUAUUUGUAAAAAACAUUUUCAUAACAGUUGUUUUUAUGACAAUCCAAUAAAAACAUUAAAAGAUGGAAAUGAAAUUACAUUGCCCCGAAAAUUAAUGAGAUUGAAAGAAGACAGUAUUCCAUCCAUUUUUGAGGUCGAUUCUGAAAGUACUAGAAAAGUUUUGAGCUCUGUAAAUAAGACGAAAACUAAAAAAGAAAAGAGAGAUCUGUCUCCAAAGUCCAGAAGAAGAGUUGAUACUCUUAACCAUGUUAUGUCUUUGACGAACUUGAAUGAAAAUCCCAAUACUGAUAAAUCAUUAAAUCUGAUUAAUUCUACUUCUGAUGAAAAUGUCGCCACCCCAUUGCCGAUGAAAUAUUCACAACAAAAUUUAAUAAAAGAUUGGGAGAAUCGAAAAGUUGAACACUUCCCACAGUUUUGGGGAAUGUUUAAUACUGAAAAUGGUGUAUUAUUCGCUUACGUAGGAGAUAGUGACUCCAUUGUCACACGCAGCAUUUUUGUACAAGAAGACAUGACUGUUGAAAUUCAGGCUUACAAUCAAGUAGCCAAAUUUCCUGUUAUGGAUAAAGUUUCAUCUUUAGAGGAUUUACGAUUGGGCAUGAUUAAAAUAGUUUCUUUAAAUUUUUGCGAAAGAGCUGUACGUAGAAUUUGUAAAAAUGGAUAUUUUAUUCCAAAGCCGUUCUCGAGAAGUGAUAAAUGUACAGACUGUAAAGUAAUAAUCCGGCGUGAGAAACGUAAACAAUUGCGCACUGCCAACCGAUUGCUUAAAAGAAGCAUAGAUCAAAAAAAUAAAGCAAAGAAUAAUAGACAAAGAUUAAUUCGAGCUCUUAGAAAGAUUGAGAGUUUGAAAGAGCAGAUUGCGAACCAACUGUCAAGGUCAGAACACGCACAAACGACAUGAUUAUAGCUAUAUGACUUGCAGAAGGUCACUAAACGCGUUAACACCAGGAAGUGAACAUCAGGAACUAUGUAUACAUAUAUUUUUUACAGUUACGUGUGCAGAAAGCCUAAUGUCCUUUUUGAAAAAUAACUAUGAGAAUUGACCCAAUUGCGAAAAUAUUUUUCUGAAAUUAUUUAGAACUUAAAAAUAUAUAUUAUUAAAAUAAAA